AGAUACAUCAGUACAUGUUCAGACAUACACGCAAUUAUCCACGUAUCGUGAUUUGUAUUUGACGUUCAACAACAACAAUAAUAAUAAUGUGGAGAAGAAAAAAAUAAAAAAUCCGCUAACGAACAUAACUGUCAUUCAAUUCCCGUACCGAGUGAUUCUAAAAUAAAAAAUGUGUCCGUACAAUACAGACGUUAAAUAUGAAUGUAAUUUAAAAAUAAAAUGUGUUACAAAAAGUAAAAGUUGAUACAAAGAUUACCCGAAGAAGAGCACGGAUCGGAAAUUGUGUCAAGGUCUCGUCUCGAAAAGUAAAAGGGACAAAGGGCGUGUUAAUUUAUUUCAUGUCGUAAAAAUUUUUACUACGCACGCAUUAAUUUUUAUUUUCAUGUUUAUAUAUAUAUAUGUAUAUAUGUUUAUAUAUUAUUUUAUAUAUCAGUACAAUAUUGGCUAUCGUAGAUCGGUGUUUUUCUCAGCGAUAUUUCCACGUGGGCAGAAUCGCGUGACGCGUUUUUUUAUUUCGCUCUCUCACGUGUGAUUUCUACCUCGCGUUCUCUCAUGAAUUUUAUUACAUAUAUAUAGAUAUAUAUGUAUAGGUAUUUAUAUAUUUUUAUCAUCGUAUCAUUUAAACUCCAAUACGGACAUUCCACUUAAACGUGAUUCGAUGUCGGCUAGACGUUCGAGACAUUCGAGAAAGAUCGAAUUAAAUAUUUAUGUCCCGCGUAAAAAUCAAAUGUCACGUGCGUAUUUUUUUGAAAUUUUAUAUUUUUACUAUUAAAGUACCGGCAUAUAAAUUUAAACUCAAGACUUUUUAUUUUCAAGAUGUCGGAAUUUCCGAGCGAUCUCGAAAACGGAGAUAUCCGUUCUCGAGCUGGGUUACCACUCGAUAUAAACAAAGACUUUCCAUCUAAAAAUAAUUUUGGGACAAGAACACACCCACAGGCCUCAGCAUUAUCACAGAGGUACCAGAGCCAAGGUGGUAGCAGCAGUAGUAGCAGCAGCAGCACCACGAGCAGUUCGAGCACCAAAACCAGGAGCGUAUUGUCAACAAUAACAUCGUCUUCGAAAAAAGAAUUGAAUGCUGUAAAAUCAAAUAUCACUGAGUUACGUACUGGGAUUGAUGAAAUGAAGACCAUUUACCCUAGACCACACCGAGCGCACAAUUUCGACAGCCAAGGAAGCGUGAGUAUUGCUGAUGACGAACAGCCAACUGUCACCUUCCCGGACCCGGAAACUCCAUCGCCGACGAGUGUAAGACCCAGAAACAUGAGCAUCGACUCGACAUCCCAACUGGACCCGCUGAGUUCCUUCAGCGAUUUGCAUCACAUCAACACGCCGAUAAAUAUAUCGAGCAUCGGGUUGGCCGGUCAGGAGAGCAUGAAGUUCGAAGAGAAAAAAAUGACAAGCACGUCGACUACCAAGCUGGUCACGGACAGAUUCAGUGCAGAGAAAGCGACCGCUAAUUGCGAGGAGAUGAGAGCUCUGCAAGCUGGAGAUGUAUCUUACAAAGAAGAAAGUGCAGCGACUGCUGCAAGAGCGCGGGUUGAAGUAGACGGAGUAUCUGCUGAAAAAAGCGUUGCUACUGCAAGGGAACAGCGAAGUCUUAAGGCUGCUAAUCUCUCCCAUCAGGAGAGCAACAACUUAGCAGCAUCUAGCAUGAAACUACAAAGCGAUUCCUUUAGUUCUGAGAAGACGGCGAUGGCAGCGCAGCAGCAAAGACAGACAGUAACGGCAUCAGGAAUUUCAAAUCAGAAAUAUAUGACAUCAUCCUCACAGUCAAGUGUAACGAUAGCUUCCUCAAAAGAAGUGACUUCUUCGACGGCUGCUUUGAUAACAGCGGCGUCGGCUGUCAAUCAUUUGCUAAAUGGGCCCUAUACUGAAGACGAUUUAUUAGCACUGCCUCUAGAUGAUUUAACGCAGCUCUGUACCAAUGCCAAUGCCCAAGAUGUCGAAAAAGCGCGACAAAAAUAUUCGGCUUUGCUGGAUAAAUUUGUUGAGUUUUUGACAAGUUCGACAACAAAAGCUCCAUGUCUACUAAAUAAAAUUCAUAGUAUUAUUCAAAAAGCCUGGGCAGUACCCACCCAUGGUCACGAACUUGGCUACACACUUUGCAAUACACUGAGGAUACGCGGCGGGUUGGAUUUCAUGAUAAAAAAUUGCGUAUCAACGGAUCCAAAGCUUCAAUUUUCCUCGGCAAGUGUUUUGGAGCAAUGUCUGAUAACAGAAAAUCGCGCUUAUGUUGUUGAGAAUGGGCUAGAUGAGGUCGUAAGUGUCGCCUGCGCGUGCGUGAAUCCAAAAAAUAAAGACUUCAGCUACACUAGAGUGGGAAUCGGUAUUCUGGAGCAUCUUUUCAAGCACAGUGAGAACACUUGCAGCAAAGUCAUCCAUCUUGGAGGAUUAGAACAAUUGUUAUUCGCAUGCAGAAUGACUGAUGUAGAAAUUCUGAGACACUGUGCCAGUGCUCUAGUUAAUCUCUCCCUGUACGGAGGCGCAGAGAACCAGGAACUGAUGAUCAGCAACAAAGUUCCCAUUUGGAUCUUCCCGCUGGCUUUUCAAAAUGACGACAACAUUAAAUACUACGCGUGUUUGGCCAUCGCUGUACUGGUCGCUAACAAAGAAAUCGAAGCCGCUGUGCUCCAGUCGGGAGUCCUGGAUCUUCUGGAACCUUUCGUCACCUCGCACAAUCCUUCGGAGUUCGCUAAAUCUAAUCUGGCUCAUGCUCAUGGGCAGGCUAAGCAGUGGCUCGAACGCCUGGUACCGGUUCUCAGUUCAAAACGAGAAGAAGCCCGGAGUCUUGCGGCUUUUCACUUCUGCAUGGAAGCCGGUAUCAAAAAGGAACAGGGCAAGACGGAUAUAUUUAGAGAUAUCGGUGCUAUAGAACCACUGAAGAAAGUUGCGAGUUGUCCCAAUGCAGUCGCUUCUAAGUACGCGGCAAGAGCUCUGACUUUGAUUGGCGAAGAAGUCCCGCACAAAUUGAGCCAACAAGUCCCGCUUUGGUCCUCGGAGGACGUCAAGGAAUGGGUCAAACAAAUUGGCUUCGGUGAAUACUCGCAGGAUUUCGUUGACAGCCGAGUAGACGGCGAUUUACUUCUUCAGUUGACGGAAGAAAAUUUAAAAGAAGACAUCGGUUUAACGAACGGCAUCAAGAGGAGACGAUUCACCCGCGAGUUGCAGAACUUAAAAAAAAUGGCGGACUACAGUAGCAAGGACUCGGGUAAUUUGAAUUCUUUUUUACUGCAAAUUGGUCAGGAAUUCUCGAUAUACACUUACAGUCUUCUCAAUGCGGGCAUUGACAAAGACUAUAUACAAAAUAUAUCAGAGGAUCAGCUGUCAACAGAGUGUGGAAUCAUAAACAGUAUUCACCGAGUAAGAAUAAUGGAUGCUAUUAAAAAUAUGCAGCUGAAAACACUGCCGUCAAAUGAACUCGAAGCGCCGGAUAAAAAUCUUGAUGUCUUCGUCAGUUACCGUCGAUCAAAUGGAUCUCAAUUGGCUAGUCUUCUCAAAGUCCAUUUGCAAUUACGCGGGUUCUCGGUGUUCCUCGACGUGGAGAGACUGGAGGCUGGUAAAUUUGACAACAAUUUGCUGCAAAGUAUUCGACAAGCGAAACAUUUUCUGCUGGUUCUGACAACCGACGCGCUCAGCAGAUGCAUUAAUGAUGACGAAGGCAAGGACUGGGUCCACCGGGAAAUAGUUGCAGCUUUAACGUCCCAGUGUAACAUUAUUCCAAUAAUUGACAACUUCCAGUGGCCCCAGGUUGAAGAGUUGCCGGAAGAUAUGCGCGCUGUCUGUCAUUUCAAUGGCGUCAGGUGGAUCCAUGACUACCAGGACGCUUGCGUUGACAAAUUAGAAAGGUUCAUGCGAGGUGACUUGCCGCCAGUACGAACAGAUACAAGCAAUCUAAGACUUGGGUCCAAAGAUAUAACAUCUCCAGGUACACCAGCGAGCUCGAAUAUGCGGCAUCCACCUGCUUACCAAAGAAUACCGAGCAAUGAAAGCCAGAGCAAUAAAGAUAAUAAUAAAGAAACUAUUAAUAAAGACGCUAAUAAGAGUUCAGAAUGACUAGAGGACCCGCCCAUAGCUAAUAGAUUUAGAAAAACUUCCAGUCCGAGUAGACCGAUAGGAAUGCCGUUAACUCCAUCACGUAAAUUUAUUUACACAAAUCCGGGAAAAAGUCCAGAGCCCAAGAGGCCGGCGAGACAUCCGUCGUUAUCAUCGACACGAUCGC